AUGGAACACCACGAAUCUGUAAUAGCAACAGAUAAUUCGGCCACCCUAUCAAAUCCGUCUGACAAGCGCAACAGCUCAAAACUUGUACAUAAUCAGUCAAGCUCGAGUUUAUUAGAUACUCCUGAUGUCAUGGGAAACUACAGUCCAGAGUCAUCAAAUACGAGUCCUGUUUCUCUGCCCGAGGAGCCAAAAUCCCCGCGUUUGACAAUUUCACAUUUGCACAAUUUACCUUCAAACAGUUACAACGAUUUCGUGGUAUAUUCAGACUCUGAUGACAUUGCGUCUCAAAGCUCAUUAGAUUUGCAAAACGACGACUUUAAAUCGGGAAGAGAUAUUCGAAGCCAAUUGAAAAAAUUAGCAAGAAGUCAAAGCUCUGACGAGGAUGAGGUAGUGGAUGAAGAUGAGAUAAAUAUUGUCAAUAUUGAUAAAGUUGAGACUCGAAAUGGAAUUACACCAAGCAGAGACUUGGAUUCUGAGGCGAAUCUAAAACCUACUUUUGCUGUUGAUGAAACACCAAAGCGCAAAAGAAGCUCUACAUCUUCACGAACGUCUUCUCCACUAAGAAGAGUUAUGUCACCAAGUGCUGAUGACACUCCAAGCAAACGUACAAGCAAACUGCGUGGAAAGAUACGAAGGAGGUCUAAGGAACCAAGCGAAAAAUCUCAUAGAUCAAUAGAGAAGUCAGGAACUGGUUACACUUCAAUGCCACCAUCAGGAAAAGUUUUCAGAAACAUGUUAAUAUUAGAGGAAAGUUUGAGAGAGCAGGUAAUACAACAAAGAGCAAUGAGACGAAAAUACUUGAUCUUUUUGGCAAUAUUGUGUUCAAUUAUUGCUGGAUUGGCCCAUCAUUUGUUUAUUUUGGAUGCGGCUGUUUCCUCAACGGGUACUGCUAGAUUGAUUUUGAAGUUCUUAUUGAUUUCAACAGUAAUCACCUUAUUAUUGUAUCACUUAUCAGGAGAAUAUCAAAAAACUAUCGUUCUUCCAAGGAAGUUUUUAUCCUCAACAAAUAAAGGGUUGAGACAGUUGAAUGUGAGAUUAGUAAAAAUUAAAACGCCGCUUGCUGAUAAAAUGACGGACUUAAUACGAGAGUUUUCACUCCUUGUGGUUAAUUUUGCAUUGGAGGUAUUCCACAGGGUAUCGCCUAGUUCCAUACAAAAUAAAGACUCAAAGAUUGAAGUUUUUCUAGUCACUUGCCAAUCGCAAUGUCAACCCCGUAUAGGAGUGACGGACGUGAAGUUGUUGUUGAAUGCCAGAGUGUUUAAUGUUGAUAUCAGAGAAGGUUGGGAAAUCUAUCGGAGCGAAUUUUGGAUCAAUGAAGGUGUGAGGAGAAGAAACAAUUUACUAUCUUUCAUAAAUGGAGCCAAAUUGGAGAAGAAACAGCAAUUAAAAAGGCGCAAGAGAACAACCUCAACACCACCCACGAUGCCUUCAAAAUUGAGCGAAGAAAAUUUACUCAAACUAGACUCAUCUAUAAAGUGA